GUGCUGUCCGGUUGGGCCCAGAAAUGGGAUGUCAGGCCUCCCAAAGGAGCAUAGUGGAAGCAAGGGCCUCCCCGAGCCGCUGCUGUGACGGCCAGUGAGCGAGCCGCGGAGGAUGUCCACCACGACGACGGUCGCCCCCGCGGGGAUCCCGGCGGCCCCGGGCCCGGUGAACCCGCCCCCACCGGAGGUCUCCAACCCCGCCAAGCCCGGCCGCAAGACCAACCAGUUGCAGUACAUGCAGAAUGUGGUGGUGAAGACCCUGUGGAAACACCAGUUCGCCUGGCCCUUCUACCAGCCCGUGGACGCGAUCAAGCUGAACCUGCCCGAUUAUCAUAAAAUCAUAAAAAACCCAAUGGAUAUGGGGACUAUUAAGAAGAGACUAGAAAAUAAUUAUUACUGGAGCGCGAGCGAAUGUAUGCAGGACUUCAACACCAUGUUUACAAAUUGUUACAUUUAUAACAAGCCUACAGAUGACAUAGUGCUAAUGGCCCAAGCCUUAGAGAAAAUUUUUCUGCAGAAAGUGGCCCAGAUGCCCCAGGAGGAAGUUGAAUUAUUACCCCCUGUUCCAAAGGGCAAAGGCCGGAAACCGGCUGCAGGAACCCAGAGUGCAGGUACGCAGCAAGUGGCGGCCGUGUCCUCUGUCUCCCCAGCAACCCCCUUCCAGAGCGUCCCCCCCGCUGUCUCCCAGACGCCUGUCAUUGCUGCCACCCCAGUGCCAACCAUCACUGCAAACAUCACGUCGGUCCCCGUUCCCCCGGCCGCCGCCCCACCUCCUCCCUCGACGCCCAUCAUCCCCGUGGUCCCUCCCACACCGCCUGUAGUCAAGAAAAAGGGCGUGAAGCGGAAAGCAGACACCACAACGCCCACAACGUCCGCCAUCACUGCCAGCCGGAGCGAGUCGCCACCACCACUGUCAGACCCCAAGCAGGCCAAGGUGGUGGCGCGGCGGGAGAGCGGGGGCCGCCCCAUCAAGCCGCCCAAGAAGGACCUGGAGGACGGCGAGGUGCCGCAGCACGCGGGCAAGAAGGGCAAGCUGUCGGAGCACCUGCGGCACUGUGACAGCAUCCUCAAGGAGAUGCUGUCCAAGAAGCACGCGGCCUACGCCUGGCCCUUCUACAAGCCGGUGGACGCCGAGGCCCUGGAGCUGCACGACUACCAUGACAUCAUCAAGCACCCGAUGGACCUCAGCACCGUCAAGAAGAAGAUGGACGGCCGCGAGUACGCAGACGCGCAGGGCUUUGCCGCCGACGUCCGGUUAAUGUUCUCCAACUGUUACAAGUACAACCCCCCGGACCACGAGGUGGUGGCCAUGGCCAGGAAGCUCCAGGACGUGUUCGAGAUGCGGUUUGCCAAGAUGCCAGAUGAGCCCGUGGAGGCGCCGGCGCUGCCUGCCCCCGCGGCCCCCGUGCUGAGCAAGGGCGCCGAGAGCAGCCGCAGCAGUGAGGAGAGCUCCUCCGACUCGGGCAGCUCGGACUCGGAGGAGGAGCGGGCCACCCGGCUGGCGGAACUGCAGGAACAGCUGAAGGCUGUGCACGAGCAGCUGGCUGCCCUGUCGCAGGCCCCAGUGAACAAGCCAAAGAGGAAGAAGGAGAAGAAGGAGAAGGAAAAGAAGAAGAAGGACAAGGACAAGGACAAGGACAAGGAGAGGCACAAGGCAAAGUCCGAGGACGACAAGAAGGCCAAGGUGGCCCCACCUGCCAAGCAGGCCCAGCCGAAGAAGGCUCCCGCUAAGAAGGCCAGCAGCACGGCCGCGGCCAGCAGGCAGCCGAAGAAGGGUGGCAAGCAGGCAUCGGCCUCCUACGACUCGGAGGAGGAGGAAGAGGGCCUGCCCAUGAGCUACGACGAGAAGCGGCAACUCAGCCUGGACAUCAACCGGCUGCCCGGGGAGAAGCUGGGCCGCGUGGUGCACAUCAUCCAGUCCCGGGAGCCCUCGCUCAGGGACUCCAACCCUGACGAGAUAGAGAUUGACUUUGAGACUCUGAAACCCACCACUUUGCGGGAGCUAGAGAGAUACGUCAAGUCUUGUUUACAGAAAAAGCAAAGGAAGCCAUUCUCCACAAGCGGGAAGAAGCAGGCGGCCAAGUCGAAGGAGGAGUUAGCUCAGGAAAAGAAGAAGGAGUUAGAGAAGCGGCUGCAGGACGUCAGCGGACAGCUCAACAACAGCAAGAAGCCUGCCAAGAAAGGCAGGAGACAGGCUCCAGCUCCGUCUCCAGCUCCUGUGCUUUGUGGACAGCGGGGUCGUCUUUUAGGUGAGCGGGUCAUUUCACUGCUUACCUCUUUCCUCUGGAGCCAGCAAGAAAGGGCAGAUCUUUUUCCGAGCCCCGGGGAUGGUGGGGCCCAGGUCAUGAGCGGUCAGAGUCCACGAUCAUAGGGCAGCUGGGCGCUGCCACCUCGCCAGGUCCCGCUUGCCCUGACCGCUCCCUCCAAAGGUGGGGAGGGCCCCCUUAGAUCGCCCCUGGGAAGGGCAGAGUAGGCACCACGUGACUGACGACUGUCUUCAAACUGCUGACCUCCCCCCACGCCCCAUUAGUUCCUCCUGGUGGACUGCAUUCGUGGUUUCUAGACUCUGGCAUAUGGCGAUAGUUUUGUGGCCCUGUGAGCUAUUCUGCUCACACUUCUGACACCGGGUGUGUGGGCUUCUGCACUCCCAGGUGCAGGUGGGGUCCGGCAGUUCAGUUCCCUUCGGACACGGUUUACUUAGGGGUAGGUCAGAGCCCACAGAUGGGGGGGUGCACACCCCCACAAGACCGCCCUUCUCUCAGAUGCCAGGUGUGAGUCCCGGGCCUGCCUUACUGCUGACCUGCAGGCUGUACAGUGGGGCUCCCAUGACCCUCUGCUCGGGUCUGACCGUUUGCUAGAAAGUGCUUUUGCUUACUGCAUAGUUUAUCCUAAAGGAUACAGCUCAGGAGCAGCCAGAUGGAAGAGAAGCGCAGGGAGAGGCAUGGCAGGGGCGCGCAGCUUCCCUCCCCUUGCCGGGCGUGCCCCCCUCCCCGGGGCUCCCCGCCCCGAUCCCGUGGUUUUCCUAGUGACCCGCGUGAGCAGAAAGUGAGGUGUGAGCCACAGGGGCCCCUUGUGAAUAACCAGAGACAGUCUUAUCACUCGGGGGAUGCCAAGGGUUUUCAGAGCUCUGCGCCUGGAACCCGGACAAAGGCCACGUGCAUUUCUUUCCAUUCGUAACCGCGUUGAUGAAGGCGUUCAUUUCAGCAAAGAUUUGUUAGUACUGGUGGAGCGACGGGGUGAGGAAAUGGGUGGGCUGAGGCUCGGGACGUGUGGGCGUGAAGCCGGUGGCUGUUCCGGAAAAGCUGGCGCGGCGAGUGCAGGGGUGUGUGGGGUGCGUGGGGGAGCGCCUC